UUAAAUCCUGAGAAUAUCCGAGAGGGCAGAUUGCUGGUCACUUCCUGUCAAAACGGAUGAAAUUGUUGUUUACGAAAACAGCCUUUAAACAUCGAUAUUUCAAAUAUGCUAAAAUGUAGCAAUGAGAAACAGUGAAGAGAGUCCCUGGAUUACGAUCUGGUGAAAUGGGUUCACGACUAAGGGCGGACCCUGAGAGAAUAUUUGAAGUUUUUCUUGAAGUGGCGAAACCCGAUGGAGAUAAGGAUGGCAAGGAAACAUUCAUAGUGCAAAAGUAUCCUCCAAACUAUGAAGAUGAGGAUACUCUUAAAUCCGUGCCAAACUUUGCCUUCCCCUGCGAGACAGACAGGUAUACGACAACUGUGGAUCACUUCACCUUCGUGCUGACUGACCUGGAAAGUAAAUACAAGUUUGGAUAUUGUCGGUAUGCCACAGGAGCACAGACAUGCCUGUGUAUUGUUAGCUGUCUGCCCUGGUUUGAAGUGUUCUACAGCCUUCUGAACAUGUUGGCAGAAAUGAUUAACCGGAGUGAGGACAAUGACGUGACCGAUCUCCUCCGAGUAGCAUAUGCCAAUGGUGUUCCAGGCGCAAACUUAACCACAAGUGUUGUGGCAGGACAAGAGGAAUGGAAAUUUACUCCACCAGAUCCAGAGAAACUCCUCAGUAUUCCAACAAGUAGAAACCUCACAGAAUAUUACAAUGCUGUGGAUACAGAGAAAAUGAUGAUCAUUUUUGCCAGCAUGCUCAAUGAACGCCGUAUUGUGAUAACAUCUAAACGACUCAAUCGGAUGACAGCUUGUGUGCACGCCUCCGCUUCACUUCUAUAUCCAAUGCAUUGGCAACACCUGUUCAUUCCAGUUCUUCCAGCUUUUCUCAUUGACUACCUCAGUGCACCAAUGCCAUAUUUAAUAGGAGCACAUAAAACGUUAUUAGGGAAAGUAAAGGAGAACGAGCUCGGAGAUGCGGUGGUAGUAGAUGUGGACCAAAAUGAAAUUAAGACGUGUUUUAAUGAUCUAGAAGAAUUACCGUCUGAAAUCCAAUCCUAUUUAAAGAAACAUCUGAAGAAGGACAAGAUCGCUCUGGCUAUGGCAGCCUCUGGGGAUGCCAUUCCUAAAACCUUUCUCAUGUCCCUGGUGAAAUUAAUAGGUGGUUAUAGGGAUGCUCUAAAGUUUCAUCCUGGAGAAGAGAUUACUUUUAAUCCACAAGCAUUUAUACAGUCUAGACCAGAAUCCAUGCAACCAUUCCUGGAAAAAAUUCUUCAUCUACAAAUAUUUCAAGAGUUUAUCAACGAGAGGUUAGACAUGUUGAAUGGUGGAGAAGGAUUUACUGAUAUAUUUGAGAGAGAAGCCAUGACAAGAGCAGACAAGCUAAAUACUCAAUCUCGCUAUAAAGACUGGCUCCAUAAUGUCAAGUCGCAGGGUAAGCGGAUCCAGCGGGGGAGUAAGGACGUCUGGGCAGACUUCAAGGAAAAGGCAGCUCCAACAGUUACCAAUGUGAUGGACAGUAUUCGAGACAGAACCAAGAAAAAUUUUUCAAAUAUAAAGGAUAGAAUUACAGAGCUUCAGAAAACCAAGAGUGAAGACAAAAUGUCACGUUCGCCUGCAAUAAAUCGCCAUCGGCCGAACACCAUCAAUCUAGGACAAGAUCUGCGAGCCCAGAGACCCAUGCGGCCGGCAAAAUCUCCAGACACCCAGUCUGUGAAGUCACUGAAGGUGUACAGUACUCAACAAAGAGUCAGUAAGUACCAGAUCAUUGAAGAGAAGGAGAGAACACACGACGACUCGGGAAUGGACGUACCAUACAGUCGAGUUAGUAUCAAUCUUCUGGGUGACCCUGAUAUCCAGAAUGCCCUGAAUAAAUCGGCCAGUGCUGAAGACCUUAUCUCCCCUCGAGGGUUUUCCUUGAUUGAUGUGGCCGAGGAAUCAGAUUCCUCGUGUAACAGUUCACCAGCCCCCUCCUCCCUCAUAGACAUUGAUGCCAACAGUAUAGGGUCCACCGACACCCAGGACAGCUUUAACGUCCCUGCAACUGAUGGAUCAGACUCGCAAAGCAAUACGUCCACAGACUUCGAAAAUCCAGCUUCUCGUCCCAUUCCACCACCAAGGCGGCGAAAAGGUGAAAAGAAAAGGGAAGAAAAUGUGGUUGUGAAGGACCGGUUAAUAGGUGCUCGGAUGUCAAAAGACAGGCCCAAACCAGCCCCAAGGAAGAGUCUGUCAGAUGAAAUAAAAGAAGAAACUGUUCAGGGUAAAGCUGACAAUGAAUCAAAACCAGAGAGCGUGCCCGGCCCCCUGAUUCAGCUGGAGUCAAUGGAUGAUGACGAUUUCGAUCCAUUCUCUUCACAAAAGUCACAGACUGUAGGAAAGGUAGAAACAUUGAGGGGGAAGGGGGAAGACUCACCCUCACUGUUGAGGAGGACAGCAGCUGUUAAGAAACAAAAUGGCAGACCACCACGAGAUGACUCUUCGGAAAGGAGAACAGUGAAAAAUACAACACAGCUGGAGAGGAAACUGGAAGGCAUUGAAACAUUUGAUCCUUUAAGUAACACUUCUGAACAAACUCAAACAAAAGAAGAACCAAGAAAAAGUGUGCAUGAACUGAUGCAGAAUUGGGAGCUGCAUAAUUUACCUAUGUCAACAAACCCGUCUUUACCCACUGCUAAACCAUCCCUUGCACAAAAACCACAUUUAGGUUUCCCCAGUCCUCCCCAUUUUAAUGCUAGUCACGGAAUCCAUCAGCCUCUUGCUAGACUCAGUAAUUUUUCCCCACACCAAAUUCAACAAGUCUCUGUCAAUAUGUCAGGCCUGAGACUCUCUAACCCUUCUGUGCAUUCUUCCAUCUCCUCUCAGCGUACCAGUGGUGGUUCUGUGGCGUCAGCAGAUCGGUCAUCCGAUCCAUUCUCUGACCUCCUAGAACAGUCACUUUUGAAUAAAAGUGUUGAAAAUCCCUCACCUAAGAAGAACUGGGAAACAUUUGACUAAUUUAUUGGAAUGCUUUCAGUGAUAUUCCGCGAACUGGUGUAAAAUGGGCUCAUGCAGUACUUAAGUCUAAUAAUGUAAUUAUAUGAACUCAAUACUCUGUUGUUGAUGUAAGUUCAGUAGUGUUCUGUGAUUGGUUUAUGUAUGAUGUGAUAGUGUUUCUUAAGGAAGAUCUAUACAUGUUUUCUAUGGAAUUUAAUUAAUGAAGACUGGGUCCCCCCCUACCCCCUCCCUUGUGGUUAUUUCAUCUUCAAUUAUAUUUACUUAUUCAAGGGAAAAGCAUCAGACAACAACAAAUAUAAAAUGCUUUAUUUAUGUAUUCCAACUGUUUCUGUCCACAUGUACUACGACACAAUAUCUAUAGUGUUUUUCAGCCUGCAGAUUUCAUACUCCAUUUGUAAUUGAAUUGGUCGAGAUUUUGACACCAAAGUCAAUCUAAUACGAUGAGAAAAAGAAAUAAGACAAUUAUGAAAGAUUUUCAAGCAGUGUUUCCAAAAUCUACCGGUCCAAAGGUUUCAACCAGAUCAGCAAUAGGUGUUGGUACAUAUCAUUAUUCAAACUAGCAGAAUGAUUAAAAUGACUGGUUUGUUGGAAUUUUUUUUAAAACUCUGUGAAGUCAAUGGGCAAAAAAGCAUUGCAUCAAUUGCCUGGAUUAACAUAAGAUUGAAUAUUGUCAGUUUUUCUCAUUAUUUAUCAACAGAGUUUUCACCCGAUAUAUCGGUGGAUCUAAUGUGUAUUAGCCUUGAGAGUGGGUUUUGUUUUCGUGCCAGGUACACCAAUGCAAGUUAAUUAUAAUCAAUUGAAAUUGCUAUCUCAGUCCUAUUACAAACUGAAGAAGUCCAUGUAGAUAAAAUAAAUGAUGUUCAUUCAAAUGAAAACAACUUUCAAUAGCUGCCAUUUUAGGUAUGGAUUAGGGGCUCUUAUGGAGCCAAGUUACGAAAAUUGAGAUAUGAGGCCAGGAAAAUUGGAACACCAUUUCUUAAUUAUUAAUCAACAAAAAUUACUGAUAUACAUACAAAGCAUAGUAUAGGGUAAAAUAUAGUAAAGAUGUUUACUGAAAGUAGCUGGAAUCCCAUCAAUACUUGUUUGAAAAUGUUUGUGCUUUAUUUGUGUCUCACUAAAAAAAAAAAAAAAUUACAUUCCAAAGACGUGUAGACUGGUUAACAGAACAAGAUUCCAAAUAUAAUUUUGCUUCUAUGAUUUGGAAGAUAUUUUCUGUAUCCUGAUAACUUGAAUUGAAUUUUUGUUCAAGUGGCAGUUAUGUAAGUCCAGGCCUGGAGGUUAUAACUUUUACCAUACUCGUACUCAAACUCAGCCAUGUUUGUUUUGAGUACAACUCUGAGCAAACUCCAAAAAUCUUGAGUAUGUACUACAAUUGAGUAUGAGAAUGAUUUUAUAACCUUAACUUUUGAGUACGAUUUGGAGCACAUAGAUCGAGUUUGUAUGAAAACGGGCUCAAAAGUUUUAUAACCUCCAGGCCAGGACCGAGUUUUACAAGUUAUUUAAACUGAUCAUGAACUCUAACAUUUAUAUAGUGGAACUUGACCAUCACUUAACUCUAAUAGGUUAACAACUUGGAUCAGCUGUUCAGUAUUAUUAAAUUUGAUGACCAUCUGAUGAUGGCUACAAGUAGAUAGUUUGUAGGAUAUUUAAUUUUCCCUCGCCUGUCUCCUGCAUAGCAUAUAAAUCUCAUUUCAUUUAUUUUUAGUUACCUAAAGGGAAUACAAAUGUUACCAUGUGUAAGAAUUGAAAUAAAAUGUUGCCAUGCACUUGGAAUAGAAAUCCAUAAUAGAUGAUCCAGUUUGAUUGAACAAUCUAAUGUUAAGGGAAUUAACUCUUCACAACAAACAGGUUAUAUUGGGUAUCUAUGGCAACUGUUUAGUUUUAUACAGAAUACCAGAAGUACUUGUGGUCAGAACUUCAAAUUUUAGAUUGUUGCAGUUUUGUUUGAAAUUCCAGCCUGUUAUGUUAAUGAUGUUUUACUCUUGCUAAAUAUGUUGAAACAAUAUAUUUUGAAGAAAGA